CAGGAACUGCCUCCCACUCACAGUCUCUCUCUCUCUCUCUCUCCCGCUCUCUCUCUUUCUCUCUCUCUCUCCCUCUAUGACCGUAUUGUAGCAAGAAGCCAGUCGUUUCUCUCUUCUCUAGCGGGUAGAGGUCUCCUCUCCUCCUCUCAUCCUCCUCUUCUCUCCUUUAUUACAGCUGCAGAAGAAGACUAACGUCUCUGUCCUAAUCCUCCCACCUCUCCACCCCUCUGUCCCCCAUCAGCGGGGGUUAGUGUGUGUGUGUGUGUGUUGGGGUCUCACCAUGGAGGCAGUAGCUCUCUACACGUUUCGAGCCACAGAGAGAGAUGAGCUCAGCUUCACCAAGGGAGACAUACUCAAGGUAAGAGAGACACACCUGACACAAACACAAUCGUAUCUGGCACAAGACAUAACACACACACACAACACACACAUUAGGUGCAUAGGUGCAGAGGUGGAGAGGUGCAGAGGUGCAGAGGUGGAGAGGUGCAGAGGUGCAGAGGUGGAGAGGUGGAGAGGUGCAGAGGUGGAGAGGUCUGACCUGGGGGUUUAUGUUUAUGUAGGAACUGUUCUUCCUCAGUGUGUGCUGUCAUUACCUGUAACACGAUAUGUUCUCCCCCCUCCCCUCCUCUCCCUCCUCUCUCCCCUCCUGCCCUUCUCUUCCCUCCUCCAGCGCCCCCACCAUGCCCACGCCCUUUUUGACUUCCCCGCCCACCACCCAUCCCAGCUUCGUUUCUUACGAGGUGAUGUCAUCGAUGUCCUCGACAGCUCGGAUUCACUGCGCUGGAAGGGCCGUUGCCACGGACGCGUUGGCUACUUUCCCCCGGAGUACGUCCAGCCCAUUUACCACUGACCUGUCAAUCAACCAAGCCCCUAUCCCCACCUAGUUUGGCUUUCCUCAACACAGACCCCAUGAUGCCAGUAGAGCCAGACUCUGACCUCUGACCCUACCUCUGGAGCCAUGCUGGCAGGUCUGUUGCUCCACUGACUUAGUGACUGAACCUCUACAGCCCUGCAGAGCCCUGGCACCUCCACACUGCCACCUCCACUGGGACCUCCACACUGGGACCCUCCACACUGGCACCUCCACACUGCCACCUCCACACUGGGACCCUCCACACUGGCACCUCCACACUGGCACCUCCACACUGGCACCUCGACACUGGCACCUCCACUGGGACCUCCACACUGGCACCUCCACACUGGGACCUCCACACUGGCACCUCCACACUGGCACCUCCACUGGGACCUCCACACUGGGACCUCCACUGGGGGCUCCACGCUGGCACCUCCACACUGGCACCUCCACUGGGACCUCCACACUGGGACCUCCACUGGGACCUCCACACUGGCACUUCCACACUGGCACCUCCACUGGGACCUCCACACUGGGACCUCCACUGGCACCUCCACACUGGGACCUCCACACUGGCACCUCCACACUGGCACCUCCACACUGGGACCUCCACACUGGCACCUCCACACUGGGACCUCCACACUGGCACCUCCACUGGGACCUCCACACUGGCACCUCCACUGGGACCUCCACACUGGCACCUCCACUGGCACCUCCACACUGGGACCUCCACACUGGGACCUCCACACUGGGACCACACUUGUCUUUGACCACUGUUGAGCUCAUGCACUUCCAACCAGACCAGGACACUGGACCUAUUCAAACACACACACUUUUGUUCUUCUGACACUGCAGCUUUCUGUAGAGGCUGGUGGGUGUGGAUUGGUCUAAAGGCUGUUUGGGUGUGUGUACUUAUGAGUGGCCUUCUCUCUGUGUGACAACAGCCCAGUGAUCUGGGGAAACAGGCCAGUGAUCUGGGGAAACAGGCCAGUGAUCUGUUUGACCCCAUACUCUGUUCUUUAAAACAUCUUUGGACUUACUCAUAUUUAUUUGUGCUAAUUCUAGGUCUUUGCUGUAAAAUCAUGUUAAACAUUAUAAAGUCACAAAUGUUGUGUUGAUCAUCGUCAAAUCCAAUUCAAACUACCUUUUAUCUGUAUAGCACUUUCUACAAUUAAUGUAACUAAGUAACUAUCACGCAUAACAGUAAGACUGGCCGAUUCAAAACUUAAAUCUUUUAUUCCUUCAACUGUAAUAACUAUGAGGAUUCAAUAAAGUUAGAUACCAUUUCA